CACCAAGAGAGUGUCGCUGCGGAAGAGAAAGCCAGCAGAGGAGACACCUGGGUUGUUUCGCUGGGAGCUGUGGCUAGGCGAGGAGGAGCGGACAUGUGGCAGGAGAUGCUUCCAAACGCCUGGGAUGGCAUCUUGUCCCGGAUCAGGUCAUUUGAAUGUUCUCAGAGGAAUGCAGUCCUGGUCCCUGUGGCCGCUCUGAGCGUUGGAGGGAUGCUGGUUUACUGGCUGAGGUCUAGACACAAGAUCAAGACUAUUGAAAUGGGCAAUGGAUGGUGGGGCUCAGAUGAAAGACCUCUAAAAGGGAAAGAAGAUGAAAGUAUCUGUCCCUUCAAGAUUGAAACAUCUGACAAAGAACUUGAGAGAGAGACACAGAAGCCGGUGGAGCCAGAAGAGCCUGUUCAUGCCUGCCUUAGCAUAGGGCACAUGCAGGCAUCUGGCCAGCCUUGCAAGAGCUCCUGUCCGCAGGACCUGCAUCGCCGCCUGGAGCAGGCCCGCUACACACCGCAGCUGGAAGGGGCUGCCUUCCGCUACGGCUUCAACUCCAUCUACCUGCAGAAGGUGGUGGCCUUCUGGAGGAACCAGUUUGACUGGCGCAAGCAAGUGGAAAUCCUGAACAAAUAUCCCCAUUUCCGAACCACCACUGAAGGGAUUGAUAUCCAUUUUAUCCACGUGAAGCCCUCCUAUGUCCCUCACGGUCGAGCUGUUCAACCUCUGCUGAUGGUCCACGGCUGGCCUGGCUCCUUCUACGAGUUCUACAAGACUAUCGCUCUACUCACAGAGCCAGCUGAGCAUGGCCUGAACGAGGGUGACAUGGUGUUUGAGGUCAUCUGCCCAUCCAUCCCAGGAUAUGGCUUCUCUGAGGCACCACACCAGAAAGGCUUUGACAGCAAAGCAACUGCUCGGAAAUUUCAUAAGCUGAUGAAUAGAUUGGGCUCCAAAGAAUACUACCUACAGGGAGAAGACUGGGGAUCUCUUAUUACCACAAACAUGGCCCAGAUGCUGCCACAGUGAGUAGCAAAGGGAAUCAGUGCAGAGAAGGUUUCUCCAGUUCUUACCCUACCUUCUGGCUCCACGGUCCGGGUCCUGCCUUCUGUUUGCCCUGCCUCUCAUCGCCUUCU